AUGUUCGCAAGACUAUCUCUCAUCGUCUCGGCUCUUGCCUUCUACCUCAACCUCGCCGCUGCUCUUCCUCACUUUGGCUGGCACCCUCGCCCUACAGGAGCCUUUCCUCACCCUCCCGGCCCUCCUGGUGGCUUCCCCCACCCAACUGGUUUCCCUCUACCCAGCGGCGGCUUCCCUCUGCCCACUGGCUGGCCUCAACCCACCGGCGGCUUCAACCCCUUCCCCACUGGCUUCCCUACAGGCUGGGUUCCCGGCGAGGGUCCCGCACCCACCGGCACCGUCGCAAAGCCUUUCGAGAAGAGAUUCGAAGGUGCCCGUCAAGGCGGUCACGACGGCUUCUGGUGGGGCAACUGGGGCGGCAACUGGGGUAACUGGGGUCCUAAGCCCACUGCCACUGCUGUUACCAUUCCUACCGGCAAUGCUGCUUUCCCUACCGGCGCUUGGGGUCCGCCUCCUACUGGAACCGGCGCUUGGGGCUACCCUACUGCUCCCGUUCCCGUGCCUACUGGCUACUAA